AUUGCGCAUUUGCUCAUUUGUUAUUAUUGUUUUUCGUUUUUCGACGCAGCGUUUGAAAGCAUCAACAAUGGCUGCAAAGCACAUUUUUGUGUUGGAUAAUGGAGGAUUCAACAUCAAAGCCGGUUUUGCAAAUAAUGCAGAACCCCGUGUCAUGCCAAAUGCAGUAAUGAAAGCAAAAAGUGAAAGAAGGAGGCCUUUCAUCGGUGACCAGCUUGAUGAAUGUCGGGAUGUUUCUGGUCUCUACUAUAUACUCCCUGUUCAAAAAGGCUAUCUAAUUAAUUGGGACACUCAGAAAGAUGUUUGGGAUUACUUGAUGGGAAAAGACUGCUUUAAUGUUCACAUCAAUUCAACUUCACUUGUUUUGACUCAGCCAUAUCUAAAUUUCCAGUCUAUUCAGGAAGGAAUAUGUGAAUAUUGGUUUGAAGAAGUGGAGUGUGAAUCUCUCCUGACAAUUAACCCUGGAACUUUGAGUGCCUACAAAUAUGGAAAAGAGAACCCUUCUGAAUUGUGCUGCUUGGUGGUAGACUGUGGUUACAGUUUCACACACUUAAUCCCUUAUGUACAAGGAAAGAAAAUCACAGAAUUUGUUCAUAGGAUUGAAAUUGGCGGCAAGGUAUUAACCAAUCAUCUGAAAGACAUAAUUUCCUAUAGGCAAUUGAACGUCAUGGAUGAAACGUACGUUAUCAACCAGUUGAAAGAAGACACUUGCAUUGUAUCCACAGAUUUUAAUAGCGAUAUGGCGUUGUCUCAAAAGAGAGGAAAAGACAAUCCGUUCGUUGUAGACUACAUCCUUCCUGAUUUUACAACCAUUCGUAGAGGCUAUGUGCGACCAAAGGACGAAGCAGGGUCCGGCGAACAGGUUAUCAGGAUGAAUAACGAACGUUUCGCUGUCCCAGAACUGUUGUUUCAUCCAUCUGACAUUGGAAUCCAGCAAAUGGGAAUAUCCGAAGCCAUUGUUCACGUGAUUGAACAAUUUCCUUCCGAAGUUCAAAGCCAUUUGUACAAAAAUAUUUUGCUGAUCGGCGGAUCUUGUUCUUUGCUCAACUUCAAAGAAAGGGUUGAAAAAGAUGUUAGGACGAUGGCUCCGGCCGAGUGCGAAGUCCGUAUCAACAUGGCAUCCAAUCCAGUCACAGAUGCCUGGCGAGGAGGAUGUAGCUUAACUAAAGAUCCUCAAUUUUCUUCUCAGUUGGUAACACGUCGAGAAUAUGAAGAACAUGGAUUUUCUUUAUGUCUUCAACGUUUUGAUGUAUGAGUUUUUCAACAAUAAAAUGUAUUUCUUUUUUU